AUGUUCGGAUGCUUGGUCGCGGGACGGCUCCUCCAAACCAAUCUGCAGCAGGUCGACGAAACGCACGCGAUCUUUGAGUUGCCAUCCGCAGGAUCCAUCAAUCAUGUUUGUGUGUUCUUGCUCGGCACCGCACCCUUUCCAGACGGAUAUGGCGCGACGGUACAUUUCUUUUGGCCUGGGAAAGGGUUUCAACUCUUGGGAAUGCUUUCCAACGACAAGCCAUCGGCGAUAUUUCGACUUCGCGGCACUUUUUCUGCUCAGACGACGGACGCGCACGCAGUGUUCUCUGGCGCAGCAUCAGAUGUAUCGCCUGCAGAUGUCACCGCGAUCCUUGGGCUGUCUAUCGAGCCCCUCCCGCAAAUCAUGCAAGAAGUAUCGAGCCUCCCUUCCGCGAUGGUCAAGGCGAACAACAACCCGACCGCGGACGCAACCCGGCUGGCGGAGCGUAUCGUCAAGCACCUCUUCAACUAUGUGUCGAGCUUCGUCGGGGGCAAUCCCUCGGCGAUGUCGCCGGACUUCUUGGUCCCGAUGGGCGUCAUCGCGAAGUGGUACGAGAACUUCAUGGGAAAGGUCAGGAACACAGGGAUAGCGUUCUUGGAGAGGGAGGAGUAG